GUGCCCAGCACAACUCAACCCCACAUCUCCAAAAAGUAAAAUGACACCCAUCAUCAAGAACCCUCUACUCGUUAACCUCAACGCACCUAACCUGUUCGACAGAAUGCCUGACCCAGACCAAACUCACAAUUAUCACACACACAACACACACAAUCAUUUCCCCUCCUUUUACUUUCAUUAUUUUACAUGUCUGCUCAGCCGGCUUAAAGUUUAAAUCUUUAUCUUGUCAAAUACACAAACACAAAUAUUCUGUGUUUCUUGAAUUUUAUAUGGUUUUUGCCUUGAUGUUAAUGGGUCAAACCUCAAAACUCCCCUAAAGUUCGAAUCUUUUGUCAGCAUACUUUGAGUUUGCGUGUCAUGAUAUGAAUAUUAAAGCAAAAGGGGCCAUGCUAUGCACUGCUGUUGCUGUUGUUUAAAUACUCUUUUUAGGAGAGAGGGAGAUAGAAGUUUUGGACUUUGCCUGGUCAGCUAUGUCUCCUGCUGGGAAGGUUUCAGGUUUUUAUCGAGAAGGCAAUGAAUGGUUCUGCAAAACAACUUUGCUUAGCGAUAUUACUGUUAACGUCGGCGGAGUAAAAUUUCACCUUCACAUGUUUCCUCUGAUAUCGAAAUGUGGGAAGAUAGCAAAAAUUGUCGAAGAAUCUAAACCAACUCGUGACAGCACUUUUACUAUAUCUCUUGAAGAAUUUCCUGGUGCUGCUGACGCUUUCUUAAUAGCAGCUAAGUUUUGUUACCAGCUAAGGGUGGAUUAUACCGCAAGGAACAUUGUGAUGGUUUACUGUGCAGCUAAUUACCUUGAAAUGACAGAUCAUUACGGGGAAGGUAAUUUAUUAUUCGUUGCAGACAAUUACUUCCACAAAAAUGUACUGAGAAACUGGAAGGAUUGCAUAUUAGCUCUUCAAAGUUGCGAGGCCGUUAUUUCAAGAGCUGAAGAGCUCCAAAUUAUCAAGAAAUGUUUGCAUUCAAUAUCUGUGAUGGUUUGCACAGACCCUAGUUUAUUUGGAUGGCCUAUGCUGAUGUAUGGUAGCUUACAGAGCCCUGGGGGUAGCAUACUAUGGAACGGAAUCAAUACUGGUGCAAGAAUUCAAAGUUCAGAAUCCAACUGGUGGUUUGAAGACAUCUCAUAUUUAGGUGUAGCUUUGUUUAAAAGACUUAUAGAGACGAUGGAAGCUAGAAGGAUAAGACCUGAAAUUUUGGUGGGUGCAAUUAUAUACUAUUCUAAAAAAUACCUUCCAGGUUUGGGCCGAUGGCAGGGUGGACAGGGUAGCAAAACAAGAACAGUUGCUAGUUUUAGCAUGACUCCUGCUGCCAUUGACGAAAGGAACUUGCUGGAAACUGUUGAGAAGUUGCUUCCUGAAAAGAAGGGUAAAUCGUUUUGCCGUUUUCUUUUGGGACUCCUUCGUGUUGCAUUUAUACUGGGUGCUAGUCCUCCAUGCCGCGAGUCCUUGGAGAGGAGAAUAGGGAUGCAGCUGGAAUUUGCAACGCUAGACAGCCUUCUAAUGCCUUGUUAUGCAGAUUCUGAUACAUUAUAUAAUACUGAUUGUGUGGAACGAAUAAUUAAUCAUUUUGUUUCUUCUGAACAAAAGGCAACUGUGUUUUCACCAUCUUCUUUGAACUCGGAAAUCUCACCAUCAUCUGGACCAUUGAGGAAAGUUGCAAAACUGGUUGAUGGUUAUAUGGCGGAGGUUGCAUCUGAUACGAACUUAAAGUCUGAAAAGAUGCGUUCACUUGCACAAGCCCUUCCAGAAUCUUCAAGAAAUUUUCAUGAUGGAAUUUACAGAGCAGUGGAUAUUUUUCUCAAGGCGCACCCUUGGCUGUCUGAUAAAGAGAAGGAACAACUCUGCACCAUUAUCGACUUUCAGAAGCUCUCUAUUGAUGCUUGUGCCCAUGCUUCUCACAAUGAAAGGCUGCCGCUUCGAAUUGUUCUUCAAGUCCUGUUCUUUGAGCAGAUGCAGUUGAGAAGAGUUCUAGCUGGCUCUUAUGCCUUCGAUUCUGGAAGUCGUGCCCCUGCUCAUCAACUGACUGGCACUGGUGAUUUGGUGACUCAGGUUGUACAGAGAGACGAAUGGGUAACAGUUGUACGCGAGAAUCAGGUCUUAAAGGUGGACUUGGAUAGUAUGAGGUCCAAAGUGGGGGAACUUGAAGGAGAGUUUAACAGAAUGAAGCAACAGGUCAAAAGAGUAACCAAAUCACACAGUUCUCUUUUUUCUCCGGGUUCUGUUGUCAGAAGAAUUGGGUGCAACUCACUACCUCAGUCAUCAAAUGCCCAUGCAGACAUUAUUGAGAGCACAGCACCUUCUCCAAGAGCAUCAGUUGAGCGAGCAGAGUCUUCCCAUCACUCCAGACAUUCAAGAAGUUUAUCUUCGUGUGGAUAAUUGUUUCAAACAGGCGAAGUGUUCAUGCAUUCUUGGUGAAAUACCAGUCAAAGGCAACUUCAUCUGUACAGACCAACUUAGGUACCCAUAGUUUUCUACAUAAUAUAAUAUUUUCCAUGAUAAUACUUUUUUUUUUUCCUGUUCUUUGGUUGCGUUGAUACUCGUACAUCUCCACCAAAUAGAGGGUUCAAGUGAAUAGGGCAUACGAGCAAGCACAUUUUUAUUUUCAGAGGAAUACUUGUACAUCGAAGUUUGCAAGUUUAUUGAAAUACGUUUUGUCUGUAUCAUAUUCAGAGAUGAUAAGCAAAAUAAACUAUUUGAUAAUACCAAGAAGUUCUUUUUA